UUUUUUUUUUUUUUUUUUUUGUAUAUUGUAUUUUUGCCUUUUUUCAUUCUCAAUAAAAGUAUAUACACAACAUGGCACAAAAUAUGGAUGUUGAUUUCGAUGUUCCCAAGUUUCUUUAUGAACAAAGACAAAAGACACCUGCUCAACUCCAGCAAUAUUUCACUACUUUUGAAGAUCUCUAUGAAAGAAAGUUAUGGCAUCAAUUGACUACAAAGAUUUUAGAUUUCUUUCAAGAGCCUGCUUCUGCUCCUUAUCAAAUCGCCAUCUACCAAAACUUUGUUGCAGAGUGGGAGGAUAAAAUCAACAAGUUAUCCCUUGUUACCAUCGCUCUUCAAGCCGCACACCAAUUCACUGAUUUACAAGAGUCGGUCAACUUUUUGAGUGAGAUUAUCAAGAAGGUGGAAGGACCCGACACCAAAGAUGUUUAUGUUCUUGCAGUGAUGGAAUCCGCCAACUUCAAAUUGAAAUUGAACCAAGCAGAGGAUGUAAAGAAGGCGAUCGAUGAGUCAGAAAAGAUUUUGGAAAGCUUUGAUAGUGUGGAACCCGUUAUUUACGCCAGUUUCUAUCGUGUCAGUGCUGAGUAUUACAAGGCCAAGGCCAACUAUGCUCAAUAUUACAAGAGUGCAUUAUUAUAUUUGGCUUGUGUCGAUGUUGAACAAUUGACUGUUCAGGAUAGAGUUCAAAGAGCCUACGAUCUUUCGAUUUCUGCAUUAUUAGGUGAUAUGAUUUAUAACUUUGGUGAAUUGUUGAUGCACCCUAUUCUUGAUUCACUCACUGGUACUGAACACGAUUGGCUUCGUUCUCUUUUAUUCGCAUUUAACGGUGGAGAUAUUGGUAAAUUCGAAGCAUUGGUGCCUCAUUUCUCAAAGCAACCUUUACUCCAACAAAACCAAGCGGCUCUCAGCAGAAAGAUUUGUUUGAUGUCAUUGAUCGAAGCCGUAUUCAGACGUUCCACAGAUAACCGAUCCAUUCCCUUUUCUGAAAUUGCUGCUGAGACCCGUCUCUCCGUGGACGAAGUAGAGCAUCUUGUCAUGAAGGCAUUGUCUUUAAAGUUAAUCCGUGGUUCGAUCGAUCAAGUAGAUCAGCUUGUGGUCGUCACUUGGGUUCAACCUCGUGUACUUGAUAAGGAUCAAAUCGAUGGUAUGAGACGUAAGCUUGAGGAAUGGGAUAAUCAAGUCAAGAAGAUUAGCGCGUUUGUUGGUGAACAAGGUGGCGAGGUUUUCGCUCAGUAGAUCCCCCUUUUUUUUUCCAUGAUACAUUUCCAAUAAAAAAAAAAUUAUAUAUAUA